AUGGUGCCAAGACGCGUAUCUGGAAAACGGGCGCCAGAGCAUGUUUUGGAGCCCGAGCAGCCAGAGGAUGCAGCCUUCGGUGUGAAACGGCGGCCGGCGAAACGGACAGUGAAUCUUGCUGCUGCGGCCGUCCGCAGCAUGGCACCGCCGAAGCGGACAGCCUACGCUCUCCACGUCCAACAUGAGUAUCCAAGGCAAAAAGAGUCUUUAUUCCCUGGGAGGGGCAAAUUGAAGCAAAGGGAGCAUCGACAGGUCAUCUCUGAAAUUGGGCGGUUAUGGCAUGAGCUGUCAAAUGAUGAGAAGGCUCUUUAUGAAGGGGAUGCAUCGGCUGAAUCACAACAUCGCAAGGAGGUCAUCCAGAGUUUGCAAGUUCCUGAAGAGAAGCUGGCGUGUGCUGCACCAACGCUUGGCGAUGCUAUGCGCAUCGGAUCUUGGGAAUUUAUUGGCAAAGAGCCUUUGGCAACGGGCCGCUCCUCCUCUUUGUACCUUGUUCAGCACAGUAUCUUGAAGAAGCACGCUCAGGCGGCAGUAUAUCUGCAAAAGGAUGAUCUUCAGGAGGAGCUGCGUGGCUUGAAGAUUCUGAGCAACAUCUUUGCGGAGAACCCGGAGGUUGAUUGGAUGGAGGCAUUGUAUAUGGUACCGCUGUACUUCUUAGUGGACGGCCCGACUCCAUGCAUAGUGCAUGAACACUUGCCGUCCUUGCAUGGCUAUGGUGCUAUGGGAGACAACUCACGUCUCAUGAGAGACGUGGCAGAACAGAUGGCCACAUCCCUGAAGUUCUUACACGAACAUGGUGUGCUCCAUUUAGAUAUUAGACCAAAGUCAUGGUUUUUCAGUGUCAGUGAGAAUAUCACCAAAUUGGGGAACUUCCACGCCGCCAUCCUCGAGGCAGAGGCGACUAAUCUAAAAUUUCAUCCUUACGCUACUGGCUACCGUCCGCCGGAACUACAUUGCGCAUUGCACGAUGCUGUUGCGACAAGGCACGCCGAGGCUUGGGCACUUGGCGCCAGUUUGGCGCACAUUGCCUCAGGAGAGCCUCCGUUUCAGACUUUGGCAGCAAUCCUGAAGUUUCAAGCACAGGCUAAGACGGCUAAGAGGCACGAGGCUGCUUCGAAUCCAGCUCUGAAGCUCCUACGGGAUCCUGUGCAGCUGGCCUUGCUUCGCUUGUUGUCGCCUGAAGACCAGAGGCUUUCAGUGUCCGAAUGGCUGGAGCAGAAGCAAUUCUCGGUGUUUCUCCUUGAGCCCUAG